GUUUGGACCAAUAUGCCCGCAACUUGGCGGAAGCAUUCAACUCGCCAACGGAGGUUCAGGCGAUGUACCUUUCCACCUGGCAUUGUGCACUCGAUGCGCAGUUUUUCGAAGACUUUCACAUUCAUGACUUGCGGCACCAAAAGAUGUUUCGCCGCUGGUUUGAGGCCCAGGGCACGGCGCGUCCGGCGUUGGACGAGAACUCGAAGUGGCAGGAGAAGACAGCACCCGGUCAUUACCCAGGGCGGGAUGCAACUGCUAGUCGGACCUGGAGCGGCUCUUGGUGGGACCCUGGCUGGACAGGUACGCAUCUGCUUUCGUGGCACCCUCUCCUCAUGACGAGAGGGUCCUCGGAUGGGCACUGCCACUUCGGCACGUACGCAUCUUUCGAUGCGAAGGAUCCCUGCAACCAGGCGGGGCUCGCCGACUGUGAGAAGGUGCCACUGCGAGCCUUCGCGAGUUUGAGAAAGCUAAAGUCCCGUCAGGGCUCGGACAUCCAGGAGCCAGAUCGCGGCACGAGCUUCAUCAGCGAUGAGGACUCCGAGCUUCUUAGGGAGGAUUCUGCCGCCGAAGAAGAUAAAGGCGUAAAGUGGGAGUUUUUCGAUUUGGACAACGUGGAUCAUAUCAUCUCCGAAGAUGUGUUGCCCACAAUCCUGGAAGACGAAACCUUACAGAUGCCUUUGCUCACGGCUCGAAGCGCACUGGAGCGCAACAGCUGGGGCAUCUCCGAAGCCUUUCAAAGCAGCUUCGAGGCACUCAGCAGCGUUGCCAUUGGCAUUGGAAGCUUCGCGGGGACCGCGACGCAAGGGGUACUGGAGGCCACACAUGCCUUCCUCUCUUGCUCCAUUGCCUUUGAUGCUUUCGUGGAGAUGCAUGUGAAAAACGACGAGAACACCGUCCCUGAGCAGGAGACGGAAGACAGGCGAGACGAGGCGUGA